CCUCUCUCGCCGUUCUUUUCGGUACCGGAGCUCCACGAGCGGCCUCUACGAGGAUCCACCCCGCGCGCGCGCGGUGCACACACACACACAUACACAUACAGCGCAGUGAACGUGCAGCGGCAGUAGCUGCAGGGUAGCAGCUCGCGCGAUGUUGCUGCAGUAGCGCCUCCCACACGCGCGCGCCGUUUCGGGGCUGCUGCCGCUGCCGGACCCGCUCUCGAGCCGCGCCGGAUCGGACCGGUGGAGUUCCCGGAUGAGCGGGACCGGAGCGCCGCACAACUGGGGUUCGUUUCGGCGGAUUUACUGCGCGAGGAGAGCCCAGCAGCAGCAGCGCGCGGCGCUCCAACGUUAAGGAUGCUCCUCGGUUCCACUUCCGGUUCUGGUUCUGCCGGGGUUCGGUUCUGCGCGAGAGCUAACGAUACAAACCCGCGAGCGGUUCUGAAGAAGAACACACACUUUUCUCUCUAUAUUUGUCUCCACAGCUCUCUCUCUACAUCUCUCAAUUUCUCUCUUUCUCUCUCUCUCUUUCUCUCUCUCUACAUCUAACUUAUAUAUUUCUGUCUCUACACCUGUAUAUUUCUUUCGUCCUCCCUCUAUCUCUCUUUCUCUAUUUGUCCCUCACUCUCCAUUUCACUCUCUCUAUUUUUUUUAUCUCUCUCUCUCUCUCUCUCUCUCUCUCUCUCUCUCUCUCUCUCUCUCGUUCUCUCUCCGGAGUGGAGUAUGGCCAGUGAACCGGUGAUCCUGAAUGUGUAUGACAUGUACUGGAUUAAUGAGUACACAUCCACUCUGGGGAUUGGAGUUUUUCACUCAGGAAUACAGAUCUAUGGCAGAGAAUUUGCCUAUGGUGGCCACCCAUACCCCUUCAGUGGGAUCUUUGAGAUCAGCCCAGGGAAUGCCACCGAGCUGGGAGAGACAUUUAAAUUCAAAGAGGCUGUUGCUCUGGGCACAACAGACUUCACUGAGGAGGACAUCGAUAAGAUCAUGGAGGAGCUGGGGAAGGAGUUUAAGGGGAAUGCGUAUCACCUCAUGCACAAAAACUGCAAUCACUUCUCCUCCUCUCUGUCUGAGCUGCUGUGUGGGCGAGAAAUUCCUCGCUGGGUGAACCGUUUGGCGUAUUUCAGCUCCUGUAUCCCGUUCCUGCAGAGCUGCCUGCCCAAAGAGUGGCUAACUCCAGCCGCCCUCCAGAGCCACAUCAGCACACACUCGCACGCACACUCACACACGCACUCACACACACACAGUGAGUCCAGCGAUGAGGAGCCCUCAGGAGCCGUCGGGGGAACAUCACACACUUGCAGACACACUCGGGUCUGAUCUCUCUUCACUACAAACCACACACAGACACAAAGCAGCUGCGUCCCAAAUGGCUUAGUUCUCCCUCUGUAGUGUACACUUGUAUAGUGUGCGACAUGUCCACCAGGGGGGGCAUUUUGGAUUCAGCCAUACACUCACAGGCCUCUGAAGACAUCAUCACUGUGUAGUUCAGCAUCCAGGUCAAAAUCAGCCCUGAGUCUGAAUGCCGCUGUGGAGCCUAAAUUUGCAUCCCUGUCCUGAUCUUACUUUCAUACAUUUAUUUGACUCUUCAGUUAUAGUCAAACAAUCCUAUGUGUCAAUAGGGCUAACAUGCUGAACUCCAGCUAGUACAGACAAGCUCAGCUCCUGAUAGCAGGUUUAUCUCAGGCUAAUGCAACCUAUCUCUAGCUUUCAGGCUUAGUUCAGGCUAGCAAAUGCUAAACCUAAUUAAACUGAUUUAAUUCCGGCUAAACUUAGCUGAUGAUGUUGCAAAGUACACAACAACUGCAUGUGGGACCUUCAGAACAGGGAUGUGAACUUGGACUACACACUAGAAUGAGCAUCACUCAAAAAGUUCAAAAAGCAAAACACACCAGCACCAACACAAAGCCCAGGGCUGUCCAAACUGUUUUCAAAGGGGGCCAGAUUGGACCACAUCAGAAUAUCUAAUGGCCAGUCUUCCUUUCCAAAAAUAUUUAUUAACAUUAAUUUUUAUAUUUUUAAACACUGAAUUUCAUUUUAGUGAUAUAUCUGCAGCAGUAUAUCAGAGGAGUAAAAAAUGCCACAGCUGAUUAUUUAGACUGGACAGUUUCUUAAAAACAUUAAUGCAGUGUUCCAACAGUCUGUUGUAAAUAUGUCUACACUGAUGAGUGUUGGGAUCUGGAAAUGCCUAUUAUUUGUCCCACAAUAGACUCAUUUGCAGCUCAUUUGAGCAUGUUGCUACCUACAGAAUGAUGCCAGAGGCCUGUGUGUACACCCCCAACACACACACACACACACACACACACACAAAGAGAGAACGAGAGAUGUUAACCUCUCAUCCUCCUGCUGCUUCAGCAGGCUGCUCACCCUACCAGCCUGGAUGACCAACAGACCUCAGAACUGUUUUCUGGAGAAGAAUGAAGGACGUACUCCACCUACUGGAUCCACCAGGGAUUUUAAAGCCUCUAACUGCUCCUAUUAAAGUGAUAGUUUGGUAAAUAAUCUCAUUUACACAGUUUCACCCCCUCCCCCGAAGUGUAUGUGAUAUACCAGGUUUAUCUCUAAUGCAAGCUUACUCUAGCUUUCAGGCUUAAUUCUAAAAGGUAGCUGCAUCAUGCAGAUGUUGCUUUAAGUAUAAUGUGGUUUCUGGCACUGUUUGGCACACAUUGCACAUAUACAUUGACUACCCAGCUAACAGAGCAGCAUUUAGAAAAGGUUCCAGGAAGGUUAGCCCAUAACGUUACAGAAAUAUUGGUUUGCAUCACAACGUUUUUAAAAUGUUUCUCAGGUAAUGUUUCCAGCUAGACAAAUACAAACAUUAUAGAAACGUUAAAAGUCACUAAAAACUUAAAAAUGUAAACAUUGACAGAAGUGAUGAUGCAGUGAUAUUACCAGAAUGUUUAACAAUGUUACAUAAAAAGGUUCUAAGAACAUCCAGAAAACUUGACUAAAACUUAUCAAAUUGAAUGUUCUUAUAUGUAAACUGUUAUAUUAACCAAAAAUUGUUAGCUGGGUAAAAACAUCCCUUUACUUUUAGCUCAAAUGCUAAAGAAUAAACAUAGACUUAGGAUGACGGAUCAUAUUACGAUUAGGUGGAGGGAAAACUGUGUGAAAGUGAUUUGUCACCAAAUUAUUCCUUUGAUUACCCUUAUCCUUUUUCAUUCCUUUAAUACAGAACAGUAUUUACCAUUGUGCAUUCUCCUUUUUUACGACCUUCCUCCGUUUGUUGGAGGACAAAAAUCGAUGGAUGGCUCAGACUGACCGCCAUUAAGCCUCCUUCAUCCUUUUUGCAGUAUAUGUCCCUCUCUUCCGUAGUACUGUAAACCUGCUUCUGACUGAAGUUUGUGAGUUUUCUCUCUCGGUGAAAUCUCUUUCAGACUAAACUGUUCUAGCCGUUUUUAGAUUUUUUUUUUAAAGAAAAAGUUAUACCUCCGAAUAGCUGGGUUAGUUGUACUUGGACUCUUUUCUACUUUGUAAAUAUUUUAACAAUGAGAUUUUAGCUAGCACAUUGUUCUUUUUGUUUUUACACAAGGAAAUAAAACAUCAGCAGCCCUUUCAGGAAGAAGACAUUAAAAGAAUAGCCUCGACCAAAUUCGCUAACAUUGAUAACUGUUAAUACAAGCUAGUAUCGGAUGAUGGGAUGUCUUUUCCUUGAUACUGUAGUUUGUGUCUACAGGCUUUCAUUCACUUUUAGCAAUAUUAGCGUUUAUCGACUCUACUCCUUAACUGUCUUUUUAAAUAUUAUUUAUUUUAGAUAAAAUUAUUUUGUUUAUUUAAAAGCAGCUUUAAUUUGAAAACAUGAUGUCAGUUUGCAUUUUUUAUAUUCAGGUUUCACUUUUUCAGUUUAUACUGGGUAUAUGUUGCUGUUUUAGAGAGUUUGGUCAUCUGUGAUGCUGCCUGAUGUUUUUUCUAUUUUUUCUUUUGUGCAUUAUUUGCAGGGUUGCGUUAAUGUGUUUAUGCUAAAUAGAACUAAAGAACUCUUCAACACUGUAUUAAGAUGAAGACGGAUUAUGACUAAGUGUGUUAUAAACACACACAGCUGUAUGGAAGCGCAGCCAUAUUACAAUAAGCUGUUAAUGAUUCAUAAUUUCAAUAACAAUGGCCUCAUCUUUCUGGUAAUGGUCUGAUUACUCAGAUGCUUGGUAGGAAAAUAGGGAAAGAUUUCCAGUAUGUGGCAACUUUAAUGUUUUAGACCUAUGUAUAUAGCAUAGUCUUAUAAAUACCAAUUACCCAUAACAUUUAUUACUAUUUUUAAUUACUAUGCAGUAUUAAGCCCUGCUGGAGCUGCAUUACCUUUACUUAGUAUGAAUUGAGCAAAUGAUACCACAAUCCAGUAUGAAUCUGAAGUGUCUGCAGUUUUUACAGAAUGCCAUAAAUAACUGCAGAAUUGUUAAAUCCAGUAUGAAUCUGAAGUGUGUGCAGUUUUUACAGCCUGGUAAUAAUUAUUGUGGAGUAAUUUAAAUCCAGUAUGAAGCUAAAUUUUCCAGUGUUUUAACUAUUUGACUAAUACAUGCAAUGUGAUCUCAAUGCAUAAUGACUCUGUUAGCAGUUUUUAACUUAUAUCAAAUAACUAAAGUGAUUUUUUUCCAGCCUUACAGUAAUAAAAAGUACUUGUGGAGUGAUAUUAAUCCAGCAUGAAUUUGCAGUGUAUGCAGUGGAGGUAGUAAUUGUUGGGUGGUUUUGAUCCAGUAUGAAUCUGCAGUAUGUAUAGCUAUUGUAAUCUGACAGCAGUAUUGAUAAUUGAGAAGGCUGUGCUGUAUACAGUGUUGAAUAAAUUACAAAUUACCUAGUGAAAAUGUGAUCCUUAAAAAUGUAAUAAACAUUUGAAUUAGUUUUACUCUA